AGUUUGUGUAAUACAGAUAUAAAACAGCCAACCAGCACCUUAUCAAGAUAUGAAAUUAAAUUUGGUGAGCUUCUAUUUGACAACGUGUAUCCUCAUAAAUACCUUUACGACAACUGGAUCCGAUAUGACUGGUGGAGAACUCAACUUUACGUGCUCUUCUGUAGAUGACUGUAGGAAUUUCGGGUACAUAUGUAAGGAAAAUUUGUGCCAGUGUCAAGAACGAUAUGUUGCAAAUGAAAUUAAGAAAACAUGCGUUGGAGGAAUUGGUGAAAAGUGUUUAUACGACGAGCAUUGCAUCGACGCCGCUUAUUGUAUGAAUCAAUCGAUCUGUAAAUGUAAAACUACCCGACCCUUUGUUACUAACAAUGGACUUCUUUGCUCCGCUGCUGGGAAUAUUCAAGCAUCGAUCAUCAAGAAUCAACUCGUGCACGUCCGCGGUCCGCCUAGCAGCGCACUUGCUUGGCUGCUAUCGGCGCCGGCCGGAUAG